GAGAGAGAAACUGACACAGGGAGAGAGCGAGCCCGGGGAAAAAAAAUCUUUCAACGCGGAAGUAGUGGCCCUUUAAUUCUUUAUUUUUCAGGAGGAGAGAUGGUAUUUUAGGGAAUAAUGCAAAGCCAAGCGGAUUGUGAAAAGAAAAUUAAUUACUCUAUAAAAAGAAGAGCCCUUUGCAGGGACAUUUUAACGACAGAGACAGGGAGAGCAAUGCCAGCUUUUCAUUAAGCAGCCCCAGCACCCAAUGGCCAGCCUGGUAUAUGGAUGCACAAGCCAGGGUUUUCUGCAAUGGAGCCAGCGGCAAUGAGUUGCACCGAGUCCCCAGCAGCAGGGGCUGCCACUUGCAAUGGGGACCAUCAGGAGUCUCCCUCCAUCCCGUCUCCUGGAGGCUGCCAGCUCCUGCUGCCUCCCCCGCCGCCGCCGCCGCCGCCGCCGCCGCCACCACCACCACCACCUCCUCCUCUUCCUCCUGCCCCCGGCUCCCGCAGCUUCUGGACGGCCGUGUUCGACUACGAUUCCACGGCUGACGAGGAGCUGACCCUCCGCCGGGGGGACCUGGUGGAGCUGCUGUCCAAGGACUCGCACGUCUCCGGGGACGAGGGCUGGUGGACGGGCAAGAUCCAGGACAAGGUGGGCAUCUUCCCCAGCAACUAUGUCAGCAGCCACCCGGCUUACAGCGGCUUCCAGGGCAGCGAGGACUACCCCCUGCCCCCGGUCAUCGACUUCAACGAGCUGCUGCUGGAGGAGAUCAUUGGGGUGGGCGGCUUCGGCAAGGUUUACAAGGGCCUCUGGGGACGGGACGAGGUGGCCGUCAAAGCGGCACGGCAAGAUCCCGACGAGGACAUCAGUGUGACAGCCGAGAACGUCCGCAAGGAGGCCAAGCUCUUCGGCAUGUUGAGGCAUCCCAACAUCAUCCUGCUGAAGGGGGUCUGCCUGAAGGAGCCCAACUUGUGUCUGGUCAUGGAGUAUGCCCGAGGUGGGGCCUUAAACCGAGCCCUGGCUGGCCGGAAGGUCCCUCCUCAUGUCCUGGUCAACUGGGCUGUGCAGAUCGCCAGAGGAAUGAACUACCUCCAUAAUGAAGCGGUUGUCCCAGUCAUUCACCGGGACCUUAAAUCCAGCAACAUCUUGAUUCUUGAGAAGGCAGAAGGUGAUGAUCUGGCCAACAAAACUUUGAAGAUCACGGAUUUUGGCUUGGCACGAGAGUGGCAUCGCACCACCAAAAUGAGCGCUGCAGGGACCUACGCUUGGAUGGCUCCAGAAGUCAUCAAAUUGUCCCUGUUCUCCAAGGGCAGUGACGUGUGGAGUUUUGGGGUCUUGCUGUGGGAGUUACUGACGGGGGAGGCACCAUAUCGUGAGAUCGAUGGACUAGCUGUGGCUUACGGAGUGGCUGUAAAUAAAUUGACCCUUCCCAUCCCAUCCACCUGCCCUGAGCCCUUUGGAAAACUCAUGGAAGAUUGUUGGAAUUCGGACGCACACAGCCGACCGUCGUUCACCUCAAUCCUAGCUCAGCUGGUCACCAUCGAACAAUCGUCCCUCUUUGAGAUGCCACUGGAGUCUUUCCACUCCCUACAGGAGGACUGGAAGCUGGAGAUCCAGGAGAUGUUCAAUGAGUUACGGACAAAAGAGAAGGUAAACAAGCAGGAGCUGCGGAGCUGGGAGGAGGAGCUGAGCAGAGCAGCUGUCCAGCAGAGGAACCAUGAAGAAGUCCUCCGGAGGCGAGAGCAGGAGCUGGCCGAGCGCGAGAUCGACAUUGUCGAGCGGGAGCUGAACAUUAUCAUGCGACAGCUGUACCAGGAAAAGCCCAAAGUCAAAAAACGCAAGGGGAACUUCAAGAGGAGCCGGUUAAAGCUAAAAGAUGGAAACCGGAUCAGCUUACCGUCCGGGUUUGAGCACAAGAUCACAGUGCAGGCAUCGCCGACUGUGGACAAGAGGAAGGGUCAGGUGGCAGAUGGAUCAAGUCCCCCUGGAAGUCCCAUCAUGAUCCCCAGGCUAAGGGCAAUUCGGCUGACACCGGGUGAAGGCAGUCAAACCUGGGGACGCAGCACCAUGUACAAACGUGAAGAGUUCGAGGGCCACAAGAAGAAAGGGCGAACCUGGGGCCCGAGCUCGACACAGCAGAAGGAGCGGCUGGGCGGGGAGGACAGGUUGAGGUCUCUGGGGGACGGCAGCAAGUUCUGGUCAUCGAGUGCCCCGAGUUUGGGGAAAGCCCCCCGGCACAUUCCAAUAACCAUGGGGUUUGCCAGCCUCACGGAGAUGGAGGGUCAGAAAUUCCAAAAUCCAAACCAGUCACCCUUUGUCCUGGGUUUCCCUGAAAGCGAAGCCAACAUCCUGGACGACAGCUCCCCUGUCAUCUACACCCUGGGUGAACCCAAACCCGGCUCCCAGCGCCGGAGGAACGACCUGGUGCUGCUGGGCUGCGCCAACGUCCUCAGCUCAGUGGGCCUGAGCUGCGACCUUUUGACCCUUUGGAGACAGCAGGUCCUGCAGGACGAGCAGGACGCCAAGGAGGAGAGGAAGAAACGGGACGGGAUCUUCCAACGCACCGGCCGCUUCCGCAGCAACAGCAGCAACAGCAGCAGCAACAGCCCCCCUAGCCGCCUGGUGUCCAGGAGGGACGAGUCCAUCCUCCCCUCGCUGGAGGGCUCCUCUUCCGUCACCCUCCUCUCCCUCUCCUCCAUCUCGGACUGCAACUCCACCCGCUCGCUCCUGCAGUCCGACAGCGAUGAGACCGGCGCCUGCGGGACGCCAGACAGGGCCAGGAGCCUCUCGCGGACCCCCUCGGCCGCCAACACCACCAACCCCCUGGUCGACCUGACAGUGGAGACGUUCAAGAAGGACCCCAAGCAGUCGCUCACCCCCACGCACGUCAGCGCCUCGUCCGCCGUCAAACGGGGGCACAGGAGGAUCCCGUCGGACAGCGCCAUCCGGCAGCAGACACAGACCCAGACGCACAGGAGGACUCCAUCAGACAGCAGCACCCAAAACCUGGUGGACGCAGGUGUUCCCAAGGAUUCCACCGAGAUCCCGCGCCUGCCGGAUCCAGCCUCCUUCCUGCCUCCGAUCCUGCGGCGGAAAACCUCGGAGCGGGACGCGAUGCUGGAGAGGCCGAAGACCCUGGAGUUUGCGCCAAGGCCCCGGCCUUCAGCCAGCCGCCCGCGCAUCGACCCGUGGCGGUUUGUCUCCUUCACCAGGACUCACAGCGCCUCGCCCGGCAGCAGCGCCGACACCCCCAGCAACACCGACUCUGGCGACGAGCGCCUCGGCACCUCCUGCCCGUCCGCUUUGGACACCGGCUGCGUCCGGAGUUUGCUGGACAUCGACCUCGAGGGGCAGACAGCUGACGGGACAGUGCCGCUCUGCCGUGCCGACCUGGCCCUCCACAAGGAAUCGAUCUACAACGUGGAGGAGGGUCACAUGCGCUGAAACCGCUAGGCCGCAAGCCUGUUGCCUCUGGCAACCAGCCAACCACUUGACCUGCAGCACUUGGCCCUUUGACCUUGGCUUGACAAGACCCAGUGUUCUGAUUGGACGGUUUAAAAUUUGAACUGUCCAAUCCGUAUGCAAGACCAAGAAUCCAACUGCCUGAUUGGAUGAGAGUCAACCAAUGACUGGGCUCAGCGCUUAAAUAGUCAGCUCCAAAGUUAUAGAAAUGACCUGGACUGUGCAAUAAUGAACCUU